CUCAUCUUCAAUUCCUCUCUUCAUUCUGAGAUCUCUAUACUUCCCUUCACAAAAGAUCAUCAUCGGAAAAACCUUAAAACACAGAAAAUGACCCUCUUCAAAAGGCCAUGUAUGUACUCAAAGGUGAACAAGGAAGAUCCAGAAGAGGUGUUUCACCAACGAGCCAAGUUCUUGAUUUACAAAACGCUUCAAGAAGUGGACUUGGUUUCUCGGCGUUCUUCUCAUCCGUCGUCGUCGUUUCUACGGAUGAAGCUUUUAAGGUUGAAGGUGGAGAUCAGAAAGAGUUUGACUAAGCUGCGAUGGAGCGUAGUAUCCGUCGUAAGUUUUGGCGGAAUUAGAAAGCAUUCUCAAAGCGGCGUGAGAGCUUUGAAGAAGAUGUUCCACGGUGGUGCAACAAAUGGACUUACUAGGCCUAUUUUCACUCUUGAAGCUUGAUUUUCUUUUAUAUUCUUGUCUAGUGUCUUU